CACCCGAAGGGGCCCUGGCGAAGCAGGGCGGUGCGAGCCAGGCAGCGCGAGCCGGAACCACGGCUCUGGCCUUCUUCAGCUCCAGCGUCAACCCAGUGCUCUACCUCUUCACCGCGGGGGAUCUGCUGCCCCGCGCGGGUCCCCGCUUCCUCACGCGGCUGUUUGAGGGCUCUGGGGAGGCCCGAGGAGGCGGCCGCUCCAGGGAGGGGACCAUGGAGCUCCGAACUACCCCUCGGCUCAGAGUGGUGGGGCUGGGCCUGGGCAACGGAGACCCGGGGGGCGGGGCGGCCAAGGACAGUCAGGAAUGGGGCCCUUGACACCAAAUCCUGCUCUUCCCUGUCCCCUUCCAUCACCCCUCAGAACUCAGAGAGCACUCGGGAGCGUUUGGGCAGCCUCUGACCAGUUGGAUCUGUGGGGGCAGAAUUAUGCACCUGGGGCAGGCCCAGGUUCCUCCAAACUGAGGGAUUGCCAGGGGUGAUGGUUCAUGCUAAUGAAUAUUGUGCACUUGCAGGUUGGCAUGUGCCAUGUGCCAGAGCUGUUAAUUUGUUGCCAAUAAUCAUUGUGAAAGACCCCGUGCAGCCGUUACACCAUGGCUUACGUGUGCUCUCCCGAGGGUCAGCGUGCCUGAGGUGUACUGAAGCCACCCGGGUCCCUGCGGGGUCAGGCCAUGGCUGGGCAGCGGCAGCCUUCAGUGGCAUCUUGAGCCGUCCUCCCCAGCUCGGGGGGCCUACUUCCCUCAGGCCAUACAACCACUCUGUAAAUCAAGGGAGAAAGAGGAAAGCAAGGUAUGGGUGCUUGGGUGUGGGGUGCGGAUGGGAUCCGUUCUCUGGGGUCUAUAAGAGCCAAGAAGGGGGUGGGGGAGGGGAGACUGGCCCUGGAAGGUGAAAGUCAAUCUGUGGGUUUGAAAGGAGAGUUUUCCUCUCUGCCUUGUGGUUGGUGCAGCGGGGGAGGGGCCCUGGGAGUCUGAGACUUAGCUUCCUCUUUGAAUCCAACUCCCCCCCUCCGUCCCCCCGCCCCCCAAAGGUCACCUGACUCAAAAGGAGCCCAGGAGCAGGCACUCACUUAGCCAGAGGACGCUUGGGGCUGGGAGAUGAGGGAGUAUGAGGAAGAGUGUGGGUGUCUGGAGGACAGGAAGAAUUUUUCAGGGAGGUACCACUUCUCCUUUCUCCUUUUUCUCUCUGCCAAAUCUUGACUCCUCCUGACUGCUAGCUGUUCCUCAUCUGUCCUCCCCGAUAUUUCCCAGAUCCCGUCUUUUGGAAUUUCUUUACCUCUAGGCCUCAAAACUGUUCUGGAUCCUGAGUUUGGGGUGCAGGAUGGAAUUCUUUUUAGGGGACAUCCACGUGCACACACAUGUGGUUACUAGGGUGACCAACCGCGGUUUUAGCAGUGGAAGCCUUUUAUCCCGGUCUCCUAAGUCCCUGGCAAACCAAGACGGUUGUUAAGUUCUGGUCAACCUGACUGUUACCCCAUGUUCUGCCUUAGUGACUGUUCACACCACCCAGGUAGAUGCAGACAUAGCAAAGGAAACCCAGUUCUCAGGGUCACGCCAGGGCCACCAAAACGGGUUGGGUUGGGGUUGGAGCUCUGGACUUGGGGGACAGGUAUGCUUAGAGUGUCUAGUCUAGGGUGGAAGAAGGAAGGUCACUGACAGAAUGGAAAUGGAGAGCAGCUUGGGAGAGGAGGCAAAGACAGUCCAGUUUGUGUCAGAAGGAUCCUCUGAUUGGCCCCAGAGCUUCCUGCAGAGGCUUCCUCUUGUCCUCACGCAUGGGGGAAGAGGGUCCCUAACUUCCUCUGUUACAUAUUUCCCGACUCACACACCCUCUGUGGUCAGAAAGCCCUUCCUCCACUCUGCCCGCUUGCUGUGGUUUCAGUCCAUUUCUUUUCGUCAUAUCCUCCGCCUGACAGCUACUGGGUGAACUCUGCUCUGGCUUUUCUCAAAGCAGACAAAGUGGGGGCACUGCAAAGGGUGAGGAACUUCCGUGACCACUAUUACACUCCGCACAUUUCCUGAGAGUGACAGAGUUGGAAGGGAAGCAGGAAGGCUCAUGGUCAGAUCGAAGGAAAGACUUUUCAGUUCUUAGCUUCUGCAGGAGAGUUCAAGAAGAGGAGAAAAGGGAAGAGUGACCCUUGCCAUGGCCCUGGUUUCCCCUCUUGGCAGGGCAGGCAUGAAGCACCUUCUCCCUCACUCCCUCAUGCCUGUUCCCUAUGCUCAGCCUCUACUUCUAUAUGGUGGGACUGGACAGUUGGCUGUGGGGAGGUAGGAAAAAGGCAGUGCUGACCUUGCCCAGUGCCCAGAUCUUAAAUCCAAACUCAUGUGUCAGGGUAGCCACAUGGGCAAGCACAAGGCAAAUGGUUGGGGGAAGGGGAAGAAACUGGCAUUCUGUGUGAUACCAAGGAGACCCUUUGGGCUUUGGCUUCUACCAAGAGAAGGGAAAUUUGAUUGCCCUAGAAUGGAACCAACCCUUUUCAGUGAAGGGAGCGAUUGGGGUGCUGGAAGAGGGACUUCUCCCUCCAAUUCCACUCAUGGCUUGAACCCAAGCCAAGAACAAGGUGCUGACCUCUUUAAGUCGUGAUGUUACAACCCAAACCUGGAACCUAACCACAGCUGUAACCUACAUUUCCUAUUACUCUAAAAAUCUACUUGUUCAUACAAAUUACCGUAUAAAUAUACUCAACAUUCUGCCGUCCCAAUCCAAGCCAAAUCCCCUUUCUGGCUUCCCUCCCUCCUCCUCCUAUAUGACACAUGUUAUUAUUCUGUUCAAUGAUCCAGUCUAGACCUGCAUAUGAGGCCACACCCCAGCCUACUCACUCCUGCACCCCUCUUUCCCCUCUCCCUUCCCAUUCUUGGGCGCUUCUCAUCUGGUCCCACCCCUGAGGGUCCUCCUUCCUACUGGCCUUUUCUAGAAUACAAAGACUAUCCUCCCUCCUACUGAAGGGAAGGGAGGGGGCAGGAGUUUCAGCCCCACCCUCAGGAAGAUGUGUCUUCCCCCUGCCCUGUGGUACUUCCUCUCCGGCUGACUUAGCUGACAGUAUCCAGACCUGGGUCCAGACCCCUGGCACCGAGACAGAUCUGGGGAUAGGCUACACCACUCUGCCCUGAUCCUGGGAUUGGCGCCAGCUUCCAACCAGUACCCAGCAAAGCCAAUCCUUGCAAUGGCCACGAACACUACAUCUCCUGCAGGACCCUCCUCCCUAGGUGUCAUGGCUAUCACCCUACUGUCAGUGGCUCUGGCAGUGGGGGUCCCUGGCAACAGUUUUGUGGUGUGGAGCAUCCUGGUAAAGAUGCGAAAGCGCUCUGUCACUGCCCUGCUGGUGCUGAACUUAGCCCUGGCUGACCUGGCCGUCUUGCUCACUGCCCCCUUUUUCCUCCACUCCGUGGCCCGAGGCACCUGGAUUUUUGGAGUGGCUGGCUGCCGCCUGUUCCACUAUGUCUGCGGAGUCAGCAUGUAUGCCAGCGUCCUGCUGAUCACGGCCAUGAGUCUGGACCGCUCGCUGGCGGUGGCCCGCCCCUUUGUGUCCCAGAAGCUGCGCACCAAGGCGGUUGCCAGGUGGUUGCUGGCAAUCAUCUGGGCGGCGUCGGUCCUGCUGGCCACGCCCGUCAUCGUAUACCGCACCGUGGCACAGGUCCCGAACAACAGGAGCCUAAUCUGCUUCCCGAAAUACGACACGGAAAGACACCGGGCCUUCCACCUGCUCUUCGAGGCCCUCACCGGCUUCCUGCUGCCUUUCCUGGCCGUGGUGGCCAGCUACUCCGACAUCGGGCGCAGGCUGCGGGCCCGGCGCUUCCGCCGCAGCCGCCGCACGGGCCGCCUGGUGGUGCUUAUCAUCCUGACCUUCGCGGCUUUCUGGCUGCCCUACCACAUGGUGAACCUGGCCGAGGCCGGCCGCGCGCUGGCGGGCAAGGCCGCGGGGAAGGGGCCCGUGGGGCAGCGGCUGCUCCUGGCCCGCCAUGUGCUCAUCGCGCUGGCCUUCCUGAGCAGCAGCGUGAACCCCGUGCUGUACGCGUGCGCCGGAGGCGGCCUGCUGCGCUUGGCCGGUGUGGGCUUCAUCGCCAAGCUGUUGGAAGGCACCGGCUCCGAGAUGUCCAGUACCCGACGCGGGGGCACCCUGGGCCAGACGGCGAGGGGCGCCCCCGCCCCCAGUGAGCCUGGCCCGGCUGAGAGCCUCACUGCCUCCACCAACCCUCUCGAGUGAAGCAGGCCCCGGGGAGGGGUGGUGGUGGAAGGACACUUGCUUUCCUCCUGGCGGAAUGCCCCACGCUGGCCUGACCCAAUUCUGCACCUCCAGGAGAAGGCGUGUCGGGGUGGAGCGGAAGAGGGAGGGGAGGGGCAAGUAGGGGCAGAGUCAGCGCCUGGGCAGCUUUGCAAUUAAAACCGAAGUCUGAAAUUGGGUUAA